AUGGCCCACGCCAUGGCUUCCGUGUCGGGAGCAGCUCUCUCCUUCGAGAAGCUCUCUCUCUCCACCGCCUCCUCCCUCUCCAUGUCUCGCUCCUCCUUCGUCUCCUCUCCCGCUCUCGUCGCCUGCCGGCCAGUCGCUCUCUCCGCGAAAUGCGGCCCGUCGUUCGCGGUGGUGUCAGCGCAGGCUGUAGCGGAUGUCGCGGCGCCUGCUGCGGAGUCGUCACGGCCGACCGGGCUUUUGUCCGGUUCGGACCCCGCCUGGAAGCUGGGGACAGCGGAUAAGGCGCGUCUUAAGACGUACUAUGAGUCCGCCGUGGUUCCCGCUAUGCUCGCAGAGUUCGGAUAUGCGAACCCCCAGGAGGUGCCACGUGUCGAGAAGGUGGUGGUCAACUGCGGCAUUGGCGACGCGUCGCAGAGCGCUAAGACCCUCGACAGCGCCGCGAAGGACCUGGCGGCGGUGACGGGGCAGCGGCCCGUCGUGACGCGCGCGCGGAAGGCUAUUGCGGGGUUCAAGCUGCGCGCGGGCGUGCCUGUGGGGAUGGCGACCACGCUCCGCGGACAGAUCAUGUAUGCCUAUCUCGAUCGUCUCAUCAACCUCGCUCUUCCCCGCAUGCGCGAUUUCCGCGGCGUUUCCCGCGGCGGUUUCGACGGCCGUGGAAACUACUCCAUGGGCCUGGCUGAGCAGACCCUGUACCCGGAGAUUCGAUUCGACGAGAUUGACAAGACCCGCGGCAUGGACAUUUCCAUUGUCACCACGGCUAAGACUGACGGGGAGGCGCAGCGGCUGCUGGAGCUUCUGGGCGUGCCGUUUAGGGAGGGCCCGGUUCCGGUUAAGGAGGCGAAGAGCAAGGGGAAGGGGCGGGGGCGUGGGCGCGGGGGUAAGCAGCAGCAGAAGAGCAAGAAGAGGUAG